GCUCUGCUAAAGCAUACCUCCAUCCCUCUCUCUCUCUCUCUCUCUCUCUCUCUCUCUCUCUCUAUACAUUUUUUCUUUUAUAAAAGCCUUGUGAAGAAGUGAAUGAAGACGAAAUCCUAGAUUCUUUUUCUCGAUCUACCACCCACUCUCUCUCUCGCUAUCUCAUCUCUCCAAAUUUUACUUAGAGAGAACGAAUCAAAGCUGGGAAUGGAUACUCUUGGUUUGCGGUGUCUGCUCUGAGGCUUUGCAGAGCACCCGCAAAUGAAGCUCUUUAUUUCGAAGAUCGUUUUCUUCCUCCUUGUUUUCACUUCUCUUGCUGCGAUCUCAGCUGGUUCUCCAAUCUUCCAGAGAUGGAGAAGCAGAACAUUUCAGAAGCUUAUAUUGGGAGAGGAGAAUUUGGGGCCCUGGGCGACUGGGCUCUUGCAGUUCGCGCAAGCGCCAGGGCCUGCGUACCGUGCGCCUCCUGAUACACUUGUUUUGGCCGCAAAAAGAACCAACAGGCCUGACAUACUUCGUGGUUUCAAGCGUUAUCGAGGUGGUUGGGACAUUUCUAACAAGCAUUACUGGGCAUCUGUAGGGUUCACAGGUGCUGCUGGGUUUCUUCUUGCUGCCCUAUGGUUUGUUUCUUUUGGCUUUGGUCUCGUGGUACAUUAUUGCUGUAAAUGCAGAAUAAGCAUCACAGACAAGGGAACCCGCAAUUCACAUAGGAUUUGCUUUAUUCUGCUACUUGUCUUCACGUGUGCUGCAGCGGUUGGAUGUAUUCUUUUAUCUGUGGGGCAAGAUAAAUUUCAUGAUGAAGCAUUGCAUACUCUACAUUAUGUUCUAAACCAGUCAGACUACACUGUGCAGACACUUAGAAAUGUCACGGCAUUUCUAUCACUUGCCAAGACUAUAAAUGUGAACGAGGUUAUCCUCCCAUCAGAUGUUAAGGAUGAAAUCGACAAGUUGAACUGGGAUUUAAAUGCAGCAGCAAACACACUGACAGAGAAAUCUGCUGAAAGUUCUGGCAAAAUAAGAAAAGUCUUCAAUGCUGUACGAUCGACAUUGAUUGCCGUAGCUGCGGUGAUGCUUCUCCUUUCUGUUAUUGGCCUUUUGCUCUCUGUCCUUGGGCACCAACAUGCAAUUUUGAUAUUCAUCUUGAGUGGCUGGUUGCUUGUAGCAAUUACAUUCAUCCUUUGUGGUAUUUUUGUAAUCCUCAACCAUGCAAUUUCAGACACUUGUGUGGCCAUGGAAGAAUGGGUGGACAAUCCCCGAGCAGAGACAGCACUUAGCAGCAUCCUCCCAUGUGUUGAUCAGGAAACUACUAACAAGACCCUCUUCCAGAGUAAACAAGUCAUCCUUCAGAUUGUGAAUGUUGUCAACACAGCAAUAUACACUUUUGUUGACACAGAUCCUCCUCCCGAGAGUACUUUUAAUUACCGCAAUCAAACUGGGCCUCUGAUGCCACCUCUCUGUUCUCCAUUUGAUUCUGAGAUGCAUGAUCGCCCAUGUCAACCCCAGGAGGUUUCCAUUGCGAAUGCAUCCUCGGUGUGGCAGAAGUACACUUGCACAGUCUCAGCAUCUGGUUUAUGUACUAGCGUGGGGAGGGUGACCCCUGAACUGUAUGCAAAAUUGGUAGCAGCCGUAAAUGUGAGUUAUGCCCUUGAUCACUACGCCCCACCCUUGCUAAGCUUCCAGAAUUGCAAUUUCGUCCGGGAGACGUUCAGGAACAUCACUUCCAACUACUGCUCUCCAUUGGAGCAUCACGUCCAGAUGGUGAAUGCAGGACUGGGGCUAAUUGCAGUGGGAGUCAUGCUGUGUCUCAUGCUCUGGAUACUCUAUGCAAACCGCCCCAAAGGGAGGCAGUGUUUGUGAAAUUUUACCUGCCAAUAAGGUCUCGAUGUUGUGGUUGAGGACGAGGCCGAAUCAGCAACAAUAACAACAGUAACAAUGGCAGACAUAAUAGUAGAAAUGUCCCUUCACCCUCAGAUGGGGUCCUUGUAUAAACCACACAUGUUACAACAGCAACAGAUACAAGUAUAGGAUUAGCUUCUAGGUUUACCCCUUUUAGCAGAUCAAACCCAGGUGGGGCGAAGCACCAUUUUUUGGGGUUUGGGGGUUACGAGUCAUUUCUUGUAUAGUUGGUUACAGAGUAAUGUGAUAAGAGAUGUUAACAGAAAUCUUCUGUUACCAUACCAUAAUAAAAGCAAAUCAAAAGCUUUGGUUCUCUA